AAGAUUUUAGAAAAAAAAAUGGCAAUUCCUAAAAAUAUUUUUCUUGUUAUUAUUUGUUUUUUGGCUACUUUCUCUAUAGUUUUGGCUAUUCCAGGAAUUGGAUCAUUUUAUAAUAGUAGCUUUAUUCCGUCGAGGUGUUAUGGAACCAAACCACAAGGUGACAUGGUAGCAAAAGUUGGUUCUAAAUCUCUAUGGGAUAAUGGUUCUAUUUGUGGAAAAAAAUUUAAUAUAACAUGUACUGGAGAAACAAAUAAAUAUUUGUUACAUCCAUGUACUGGAAAAUAUGUUGUUGUGAAGAUUGUUGAUUAUUGUCCUGAAUGUUAUGAUGAUGCAACUACUUUUCAUCUUCAUGAGAAAGCAUUUGAAACUAUUUCUUUGCUCUAUGCUUUCGACGUCAAGAUCGAUUACGUUCAGAUCAAAUGAGGAUAUCAAGAAGUUAUAAAUAAAAAUGCUUAUUCAUAGAGGAUGGAGCUUACAAUUUUCAAAUAAUUUUGUUACUAUAGUUUAUGUGAAAUUAAAUCCCUUAAAGGAAGUUGAUUUGAUCAAUGUAAUAUUCACAUAAUGAAAAUAUGUACUUGAUCAAUUUUAAGAUAAAAUUAAAAAAGGUUCAUUGAUAUUCUCAUUUUUAUUCU